AUCCUGUGUACAUCUUCUUUUCUCUCAAACAUAACCUUUUUCACAAAUUACAAUUUGGUUAGUCGGACAAUCUUUAACCCUUUCUCUAGAUCUUAUCUUUGCCUACCACUCGCUGUUGCGCUCGAUCAUUCGUACAAAGCUCUCAGGGUAUAAAGAGGGCUGCCCUGGCUGAGGCGAGGAUAUCGACGAGGAAGGAGGAGAACAGCUUAUUAUGAGUCGUAAUAUUAUUCCUAUAGUUUUGUUGGUUAAUUAGUUUAUGGCAAUAGCAAGCAUGAGCAACGAUAAUACCAGUAACGUUGACCUCGACUUCAACAACAGCAACAGCAGCAGCUCCAGCAAAGAUGACCAUGAACAAGACACGGUGAUGCCUGGUUUUCGAUUCCAUCCUACCGAGGAAGAACUUGUAGAGUUCUACCUUCGCCGUAAGGUAGAGGGCAAGCGCUUCAAUGUCGAACUCAUUACUUUUCUUGAUCUAUAUCGCUAUGACCCUUGGGAACUUCCUGCCAUGGCAGCAAUUGGGGAGAAGGAAUGGUUCUUCUACGUGCCUAGAGACAGAAAGUACAGAAACGGAGAUCGACCGAAUCGUGUCACGACUUCAGGCUACUGGAAGGCAACGGGAGCUGACCGCAUGAUUCGGGGAGAGAAUUCUCGAUCUAUUGGCCUCAAGAAAACCCUAGUCUUCUACUCCGGGAAAGCCCCCAAAGGCAUUCGAAGCAGUUGGAUUAUGAACGAGUAUCGCUUGCCUCACCACGAAACUGAACGCUAUCAAAAGGCUGAAAUAUCGCUUUGCCGCGUGUACAAGAGAGCUGGAGUUGAAGAUCACCCCUCACUCCCCCGUUGUCUUCCAACGAGGGCAUUGACCUCAUCGAGAGGAGUACUGCAGUCAGAAAAGAAAUAUUCGCAGGCCCAAGAUGCAGCUCAACAAGCCAUGGAAAGGUUUCAAGGGUUUGGAGGAGGACAAUCACAACCACAAAUGGAGAUUGAAAAGAUAAGUGAGACUGAUGGGAGCAGUAGUAGUACUUCUGAUGUUACAACAGCUCUUGGACUUUCCAAGCAGAAUGUGUACCGUCCAACGGCCCUUAUAAGAACAACACUUGGGUUACCAUCUGGAAUAAUGGAAGAGGAGGGACUGUUCUUAAAUCAGUCUAAGCAAGGCUGCACUUCUUUACUUCCCAAUUCCACCACUCUCUUUCAACUGGGCUCGUCUUCUGUUUCAUCAAAUGUUGUUGACGAUCUUCACAGGCUAGUAAGCUACCAACAAGCUGCAAUGAAUCCGCUGCAAUACUACAACACUUACCAACAACAACAACAGCAACCCGAGUUUUCUACGUUGCCCCCUCAAUCACAGGCUCAGCAGCUUUCACUCAACGUGCUACCCAACUCACUUCCACUAACGACUUUCUCGGAUCGGUUGUGGGAGUGGAGUCCAAUCCCAGAACCAAGUAGGGAGUUCACCAAUCCUUUCAAGUAGGCGAUGUAGACUGCAUCUACAUAUCUUACACAUAGAUAUGUAUAGUAUGUUUCUACUGAUAUCUUUUAUGUCUAGUCUGAGUCUCUAAUCUUUAAUGUCUCUGCUUUUAUUUUCACCAUCUCACUGGCUAGAACUUGAUCAGAUAUAUCCUUCAAGACUAGCAUAACUGUAUAAGUGUUUGGUUCUCAAUUAGGGUUUUGGGUUUCUUUGAGGUUGUUUGAUUCCCUUAGUUAUUUCUUGCUGGGGUAGUGCAGGCUCCAACUUGAGGAAGGAAGGAAUAUAUAUAUUAUCGUCAAUUUAGUGGUCAUACAUAGUCUAGAUCUUGAAGAUAAAUUAUGCUUCCAGAAUUUAGGUAAUGUAACUGAAUCAUAUUAGUAAUUUACUCUGAGAAGUCAAAACUAGAUUUCUUUAAUCUUCAAAACAGUAGAGCCGUGUAGACUAUCGACAAGAGAAUGAUGAUUGUAUGAUUGAAUAUUCCCAAAUAUUAUUAGAAGAGUAUCGCAGAAAAUGGUCUGGGGUCGAAGUUGGAAUCAUCCACAGCUGACAAGCAAACAUCAGCAGUGAACACAUGAAAAGAUCGUCCUAUUUUUAUGAUGCUUUUAUUGGUCUUGCAUUGUAUCUUUUACACUUCACAUUCAAGCUAAAAAUGAAUAUGAAAGUCCUAUUUUUAUGAUGCUUUUAUUGCUCUUGCAUUGUAUCUUUUACACUUUACAUUCAAGCUAAAAAUGAAUAUGAAAGAGACAUCAAUCUUACAUCUAA